UCCAUUCCUUGCUUUUCUUCAGAAAUUCUGUAGCGUCGUUUCGUUUUUUUCUACUUUAAGACCGCCAUUUUGACAGUUCUUUGUUAAUAAAGUUAAAAAUCCGAUUACUGUGCGGUUUAAUUUUGGACUUGAUUAUUUGUGUAUCGUGAAUAAUAUCCUUUUAUAAUGAAGAAGAAAAAUUACGACGAAGAUUCCGAAAACGAGUUUGAAGUUGACGAACCCGAAGAAUUACCAGAAGAUUCCGAUCAAGAAUGGGCUCCUGUUAAAGGUAACAAAAGACAGUCUACCGGCAAACGAGGCGCUACCAAAAAGAAAUCGAAGAAAGGUUCCAGCGAAGAAGACGACGAAGAGGAAGACAGUCCUAAGAAAAAGAAAGCCGGUAAACCUAAAACUCCCGUUAAAGGUAAAAGUCCAAAAGGUAAAGGCAAGGCUAAAGAAGAAGAGGAAGAUGACGAAGAUUUGAACGAAGAAGAAGUAGAGGAUGAAGAACUGGAUGAUGAGGAAGUCGAAGAAGAAGAGGAAGAGGACGAAGAAGAGGAAGGAACCAAUGAAGGAAACACCAAAACGCCGAAAGAAUUUAGCUCCGGAGCUUUUGUUGUGUUGAAAUCGGAUUUCAACAGCGGUGGCGAUCCUCCAAUUUGGAAAAUUGAUGGCAAAGCGUUGUUACAAAAGUACAUUCCCUUCCAACAGGAUAAUAAAACGUUAUAUAAGAAUACCUCUGUUUACUCCGGUUGGACCACAGGCAACAAAGAUCAAUAUUAUCCUGCUACUGUAGUAUUUAAACAACAAACGCGGAAGGAGCACAUCGUGGAAUUCCAAAGAGAUUUAAUCCAAAAGGAAGAAACUCCUAUUACUUCCGCAGAGUAGAGAAGUGUGGCCGUGUUACUUUUAAGGAUUUAUAUACAUAUUGUAUCAAUAUGAACCGACUUCAGAUUAGUGUAUUCAGAAUUCCAUGUUCGAAACAACAGCCAGCUACAGAGUAGAACAUUAAUUUUUGCAUUUUUGUUUUUUUGGUCAAUACAAUAUUAUGAUUUUAGUAUUACUCUACAAGUAUUCUCUGUAUUUUCUCUGAAUCGCUUUUAUUACUUUUUAAGAUUUGAUUUUGAUAAUAAUGUGUAUUCUGAUUUCCGCUUGAUUGAAAUUUUAAAUAAACUAUAUAUUAAUGUGA